GCUUGUGGCAAAGAGGCACAACUGACAGGAGAUCAAGCGACGACAUCUGACAGCCGCUGACUUAUGUGGAGUGUCACUCCCCUCUUCUCAUCUCCUCUGACCCUUUGUUGACCCUCUCAUCAACACUUCUGAAGGAGCUCACUCGGUGACACACCUCAUCAGCCGGAGCAGAAGUGGCGGCAAUCAAAGACAAAGUAACCGAAUGGGGGCUAAUCGUCGCCUGGAGCUGCCGACACAGAUGUAGCAACAUGCUGCCACAGUUUCCAAAUCCUCCACUGCACCGUUCAGAGCUGCGCUUUAUUUAGAAAAACUCUCGGUCAUUGUGUUGCUUCUGUGACGAAGCGGCAGCUGUAAAGUGAAAACCAGAAGAAGAAUUCCCUCAGAGAUCCUUCAGAACGACACCAGCGAUGCUUUGGCACGUUUUGUUCACGCUGCAAGCCGUCUGCGCCAGCGUGGCCCUUACCAUGCAACAUUACCCGGCGGCCUGGGGACACUAUGACGUGUGCAAGUCCCAGAUCUACACGGAGGAGGGCCUGGCAUGGGACUACAUGGCCUGUCAGCCGGAAGCCACCGACAUGACAAAGUACCUGCGAGUGGCCCUCGACCCCCAAAACAUUACGUGUGGAGAUCCGCCAGAAACCUACUGCGCUUUGGAAAACCCUUACAUGUGCAACAAUGAAUGUGACGCUACCACCGAGGAGCUGGCUCACCCUCCUGAGUUGAUGUUCGACUUUGAGGGUCGCAACCCCACGACCUUUUGGCAAUCCACCUCCUGGAAGAAAUACCCUAAGCCCCUGCAGGUGAACAUCACGCUAUCAUGGAACAAGACCGUUGAGCUGACGGAUGACAUCGUCCUGACCUUCGAGUCCGGCCGACCGGAGCAGAUGGUCCUGGAGAAGUCGCUCGACUACGGCCGGACCUGGACCCCGUACCAGUUCUACGCCACCGACUGCCUGGACGCGUUCACCAUGGAGCCCAAGACAGUGAGUGAUCUGACCCAGCGCACCCUGCUGGAUAUCAUCUGCACUGAGGACUACUCCCGGGGCUACGUGUGGAAGAACGACAAGACGGUGCGCUUUGAGAUCAAGGACCGCUUUGCCCUGUUCGCCGGCCCUCGGCUACACAACAUGGCCUCUCUGUACGGCCAACUGGAUACCACCAAGAACCUGCGGGACUUCUUCACCAUCACCGAUCUGAGGAUUAAGCUGCUGAAGCCAGCCAGUGGAGCCACCAUGAUAGAUGAGAACAACCUGUCCAGAUAUUUCUACGCCAUCUCUGACAUCAAGGUGCAGGGAAGAUGCAAGUGCAACCUGCACGCCAACAGCUGUGUGUUCGACAAGGGGAAGCUGGGCUGCGAGUGCGAACACAACACCACGGGGCCAGACUGCAGCCGCUGCAAGAGGCACUACCACGGAAGAGCCUGGAGUGUGGGCUCCUACCUCCCCAUCCCCAAAGGAACGGCAAAUAUAUGUAUUCCCAGCAAUCAUGGACCAGUGCAUCGAGCAAAUGCCUCCUCUCUUGGUGUUGCAAAUCGUAACCAAGCUCGAGUGUGUGACAACGCGAUGCUGCGCUGUCAGAACGGCGGCACGUGCCACCACCAUCAGCGGUGCCAUUGUUCCCCCGGCUUCUCGGGCGUCCUGUGCGAGAGAGCUCGCUGCCAGGGCCCCGGGGAGUGCGAGGACCAACUGUCCGGACAGGCCACGUUCCAUCAUCCGCUGAUCGGCUGCCGAGUCGCUCUCACCGCCAUCAUUCUCCCACUGGCCGUUGUUUCCCUUUGGUGAGGGACCGGGACGGGCCUCGCAUCCUCAACCAAAACCCUAAGACCACAUGUGAUGAGACUGAACUCUCAACAUCAAGGACAUAAAGGACAAGAGACGUGUGAGCAACGUGUUCGGCAUAAGCAACUCUUUCGACUGCCCGCGGUUGCAGGUGUCGGUGUUACCAACAGGUCGAGCACCGAUCUGCUGUGCUGAACGAUAGAAGGAUCCGUGAAGAGUCCCCGCUGUCUUUCACUGUCACGGAGGAGAGCGGUCGGAGGCCUCACUUUGCGGUGAUGUCAUUGGCUGGUGAAUCUCAUUAGAGGCAGACGGGCGACUCUGAAGCAGCGACACACACUCUGAGAGCAAACUGUACAAAACUAGACACACGAUUUCUAAGUAUCAUCUGAAAGUGAUUAAAAAAUAAUACUGUGGACGGGGACAUCUUAAAACGUCUCGCCUCGCCGCCUCCUUCCUUACUCGCCGUCUUCUCUGUUCUCCCUCCCUCCCCCGCUCCUUCCUUCCUUCCUUCCUCCCUCCCUCCUCACCUCCUGCCUCCUCACUUCCUCCCUCCUGUGCUUUGGUGACUCUGGUGAAUUUUUUUUGUUUGCUGAAGGGUGUCAGUUGUUUUUUGCGAAAUGCUGCACAUGUAUUAUUAUCAAGCCCCUCGACAAAAUACCAAUGUAGUACUUUUUUUCUUUCCCAGAAGCUUUGUAGUCAUGCUUGAGCGCACCUGUACGGGAAAACAAACAAAAAAAAAAGUUGUAACAUACUGUAACUGUAUUUAAUUUUUGUAUAAAAACAGAUAUUUUCAUGACUACGCAAAGCGAAAAAGAUGUAUUACUUGUUUUCUAUUGCUGCCGCCCUGUCCUAGAUGUGGACUAUGAGUGCGUAUAGGGACUUUGGUUGUAUCGUUUCUUUGCUUGUGUGGCACGUGGCUCUCUCCCCAAAAUGAGAGCGGCUGUCAAAACUAUGUUUACAUACACAC